CCAUGUCUGUCCGCUACGGUGCUCCUCCCCAAAGAUACUCUUCACAAUCCUCGCAAUACCGGCCAAGCCCGGCUCCGCCACAGCGGCCCAUAAGCACGCAGUACGGUGCCCCGCAUGGCCAUUACGGGCAGCCCGCGUAUGCCGCACCUGGCGGGCCCCCACCCGGAGCCGAUCCCCAGCUAUGGCAGUGGUUCUCGGCCGUCGACACAGAUCGUUCGGGAGCGAUUAGCGUGACGGAGUUGCAGGCUGCCUUGGUGAAUGGAAACUGGACGAAGUUCGACCUCGAUACGGUGAAGAUGCUGAUGUCCAUCUUCGACACCGACCGUAGCGGCACCAUCGGCUUCAAUGAAUUUGCUGGACUUUGGAAGUACAUUCAGGACUGGCAGAACGUCUUCAGGCAUUUCGACCGAGAUCGGUCGGGGUCGAUAGACGGCGCCGAGCUCGCCGAAGCGCUGCGCAGCUUUGGCUACAACCUCUCGCCCACCCUCCUGUCACUGCUCGAACAGAAGUAUGCGUCCGGGCCUUCUGAUCGAUACGGCCCUCCUCCUGGCAUCACAUUCGACCGCUUCGUUCGUGCAUGCGUUGUUGUGAAAACACUCACGGAAGCGUUCCAGCGGGUCGACACGGAUCGUGAUGGCUGGGUGCAGAUGAACUAUGAGCAGUUCAUGAAGAUCAUUCUCAGCGCCCCCUGAUUGCAUACCCCCUCGCCCCAUGCUGCACGCGUCUUCUUGCCGCCACGACUGUCACGAACCUAUAUUAAGAGCUGCUGCUGCGGGUAGUUUGCUGUACGCUAAUGCUGACGUUGGACGCAGUUAAGCGAGAGUGUGAUUGUAUGUUCGUAUGUAUGUUGACAGUUGAUUCGUCCCGACGUUCUGUAAUCUACUCCGAGGGCUACACAUAUCACACCUCUCCCACAC